UGUUGGAGGUUGGAAAGCAAGAACCGAUCCUCAGUUGCACACAGGGCUGUGAUUGAGAGCGGAGCUCCGUUAUUAACAGCCACGAUGGGGAAGAAGACUCGCGCUGGCACCGGCAGGAGAACCAUCUUACAGCUCUCACCGCCGGGACCGACCCGCGGCGCGACGGCAGCGGCCAGAGAGGACGGGGUCGGCUCGGGGUCCGAAGACGAACCUGAGGUUAACACAGACGGUCAGCGAGAAGUUAAUGCAGUAAUGAAGACACCAGCUGUGAAGGCCACGCGUAAGUUAUACAAGAAUUGGGUACGGAAAGUAUUCAGAGGUUGUCAUGUGUCUUUCCUAAAGGAAAUUGAUGCGAUUACGACCCAACCAACCCAGACAAGUGAAUCUGGGACAGAGCCGAGUGCACCAGCCCCAACUCCUCCUCGCCCCGAACCCAAAACAGACCAGCAGACUCAUGAUCAGAAUGGACCCGCACAAGAAUUUCAAUACAACACCCAGUACUCUCUCGCAGGAGCUGGGUUAGAGAUGGGUGAUUGGCAGGAAGUGUGGGAUGAAAAUACUGGCUGUUACUACUACUGGAAUACUCAGACCAAUGAGGUGGCCUGGGAGCUCCCGCAUUACCUGGCAAACCAGAUGCAGAGUCUACAUUACACGGGCAGGUACAUGAACAAAUGGAAGACGGCUUUCCUCCGUGCGCCAAGUCCUGAUUCGAGCAGCCGGGGCUCAGACAAGGCAGAAUGGGCCACUCCAGAGCAUUCAGACAAUGCACAUUCUAAAACAGCUGAGAAGCAAGGAGAGGAAGAUGAAAAGGAGAAGCCUGUAUCCAAAGCUCUUCAAAAGGAAGAAGAGGACCUCAAGUUUCAGAUCGGAGAGCUUGCUAACACACUCACCAGCAAAAUGGAGUUUUUGGGAAUUGACAAGAAAGCCAUAUCGAACUUUCAACUGCUGCUGCUGCAAACGGAGACGAGGAUCGCAGACUGGCGAGAGGGUGCCCUGAACGGAAACUAUCUCCGGCGCAGGCUACAGGAAGCUGCCGAGCACAUAAAACAUUACGAACUUAACGCCACUCCCAAAGGCUGGUCCUGCCACUGGGACAGAGAGCACAGACGGUACUUCUAUGUGAACGAGAGGACAAAUGCUUCCCAGUGGGAGUUUCCAGUCGUGGAGGAGAACGAGGAAAUCAAGCCGCCCCUGCCACCCACUUCUGGCCUCGGAGACACUAGUCAACCAUCUGCAGAAACCACUGGUGCUAUAACAGGAACUUCGUUAGGAGAUGUGCAGUCUUAUUGGAUGGUUCCCCAGCCUCCUCCGCCACCAUUGCCUCCACUUCCUCCAGUAGAUCCACCCCCUCCACCUACAGAGCAACCGCCGCCACCCCCUCCACCACCUGAAUCUCCUCCUCCGCCCCCUCCACCACCCCUCGAGGAUGACGGAGAGAUUGAGGAAGUGGAGAUGGAGGAUGAGGAGUCAGAGCCUCCUGCUCCUGGAACAGAAGAGUUCAAGGCGGCUGAGGCAGCGGCAUCUUUGGGACUUGCAGCUAAAGCCCAGAAACGCAAGGCCCCAGGCUCAGUCCCGCUGCCCAAAACGGUCACCAUCGGCAGCAGCCCCAUUCUUUACACUCAACCCAUUGUCACAGCUGCCCCACUUCUAGUUGGAAAUGCUUACUGGGGGAUGACAACUGCAGUUGCACCUCCCCUGCCUACAGAGAGCAUAGUCCCACCAAUGCCAGCCCUGCCCCCCCAACCACCCCCUCCUGCUCCACAACCUCCCAGCGCCCUGGAACCGAUGAGCAAAGCACUCACAGACAAAACAAAGAAACAAAAAAAAGAGAAGACAAAGAAGAGCAAGACAAAGAUGCCAUCCCUGGUAAAGAAGUGGCAGAGCAUUCAGAAAGAGCUAGAUGAAGAGGAGAAGUCGAGCUCCAGUGAUGAAGAUGGAGAACAGCUCAACAACAGACGCAUUGAGGAAUGGAAACAACAACAGCUUGCAUCAGGGAAGGCUGGGAAGAAUGCUAACUUUGAAGCACUUCCUGAAGACUGGAGGCAACGACUGUUAAAGAAAAGAAAGAUGAUGCAGAUUUCAUAACAUCAGCCUUGAAAACACUAAACAGAGCCUAUGGAGGAGGUGGACAGAACUGUGCUAUUGUGUUGUCUCACUUGCUAAGCUUCAGUGGAUUUAGUCGGGCAAACUUGAACGAAUGUCUCUUUUUUUUUUUUAUACAAGUGCACAAUCAACUCUGUGCUGUUAAAUUCAAAUGCAUCAUCUUGUGUCUAAUGGUAUACUUUGUUAUGGGUUGUUGUAAAAUAAUAAAACAGCC